AUGACUUGUCAUCUAAUAAGAGAGGAAUGGUUGGUUUUCAUGAGAUUAUUCAUAUUUCCCCGUGAAGACUACGCUAAAAGACGCUAUCGAACAAGUGAUGCGAAUGGCCGUCAUCUGUUUCAGAUGGACGAUAAGAUUACGUUGUUUGAACGACAACGUGAAGCUGAAACUCUGAGGAAAUAUGCGUUCUGUGGUGUAGCACUGUCAGCUAUCGCGACGAUGUUCUGUGUUAUGCUCGUACCAAUGCUCUACAAUUACAUGCAGCACAUGCAGGCGAUUAUGCAAAAUGAAGUGGACUUUUGUAGGUCGCGAUCUGCAAAUAUCUGGCGUGAAGUCACUCGAACUCAGGUGUUAGUGGAUGUUCCUGGUGUUCAACGAUCGAAACGCUCAUAUGCAAGCAAUGCUGACAGCAUGCCGACUCGAAGCGACUGGCGCUCCUAUGAAAUUCGAUCAGCAACACCGAUGGUGGAGAGCUGUUGUGGCUGUGGAAUGUCGCCACCUGGUCCACCGGGUCCAGCUGGACCGAAUGGUAAAGAUGGAACAGACGGAGAGCCCGGAGCACCCGGCAAAAACGGUACUGAUGCCCUACUACCAGCAACUGCAGCGCCAAGAGACUGGUGUUUCGAUUGUGAAGAUGGGCCGCAAGGACCACCUGGAGGACCCGGACCAAAAGGUCCACCGGGUAAGCGCGGUAGUUACGGUGCACCAGGAAUCAAAGGACAACCCGGGAGGCCUGGAAAGAUAGGAACUGCUGGACCACACGGCCAACCUGGUAAACCCGGUGAUAAAGGACCACAAGGCAAACCUGGGAAAGUGAUCGAUGUGGAAGGUCCAGCAGGAGUUCGUGGACCAUCUGGCCCACCAGGACCGCAAGGAGCGGACGGCGCACCGGGCAAGCCUGGUAAACCUGGGCCUGACGGACCUCUGGGAUCGCCUGGUGAUCCUGGAAAGGACGGUGCUCCUGGAAGAGCCGGCCAGGACGGUCGGCGCGGACCAGACGGAGAACGGGGCAACGGUGGACGAUGUGACCACUGCCCACCACCGAGGACAGCUCCCGGCUAUUAA